AUGGACAAGACCUUCUCAUAUAGAAGAUAUGAGGUGGUACGGGAUGCUCCACUGGUCCAAGACUUCAAAGAAAGAUGGCCAGGCCUGUUUGACGUGUAUGAGAUUAACGCUGAGUUCAAGAGACUGACAACCAUCCCUCUUCAGUCCCGUUUCCUCUCUCAGUUGGACAUCUUAUCUAACAAACUCCUAGCCCUGUUUAAGAAGAGGGGAGGACAAAUUGGAAAGAAGCUGCAAGAACUGAUGAAAUCCAUGACAGAUGAAUUCAGUGAUGAAGCUGUCGAUGCUGGAAGGGAGUGUAUUUUGAAGGCAUUAUGCGUGUACCUGAACGAGGACCCUGACAUCUUGAUAAAAGAGCAUGUGGGAAACAAUGAAGCAGACUUUGAGGACUACACAGAAAACACUACAGUGGGAAUCUUCACUGCCAAACAACAUGCAGCCCAGUCAAAACCAGAUGACAUUGGAAUAAUCCUGGAAGGCCAAAUAGUCAUCCAAGAACUGGACAAUGUUCCGUUGGCUUAUGCCCUCCUCUUUGGACUGCUGUAUGCCUUAAACAUGGACUACCCUCCACAACAGAGGUAUUUCUUUGAAGUGGUCCAAAAGGUGAUUAUGGAGCUUGAUGGGGGCACUCUUUCCAGGAAAGCUCAAGUCCUGAAAAAUCGGCUCCUUGAAUAG